ACUCAGGAAAUUGCACUGUCAGCAACACAAGAACCUCCCUAGAACUCUCUUUUUCUUUACUCUCUUCCCCAAAUAUUUCCUCUAUAUAUAUUCAUCUACACAAACAAUUUGCCUAUCUGAUUUCUCUUUAUCUCCGCUCUGAUCACAGCCAUAGUGGAUGGAGAUCACAAUCAUAUCCGCUCAAGGCCUCAAGACCAAUUCUUCAAGCCCUUUCUCUCACCGGCUCCGGCCGUUCAUCACUAUCACCGCUUACCCUUUGGCGGCCUCAUCAUGCAGCGAUGAUAACAAGCGCCGAAUUUACAGUACAAGGAUUGAUGAUCAAGGAGGAGUGAAUCCCACCUGGGGUGACAAGUUUUAUAUCCCAAUAGACACAGCCUUCUUGACUAACAGAUAUUCUUGCAUUUAUCUUGAACUCUACACCAAAAGGCUCAUUAUGGGAAGAGUAUUAUUGGGUUGGUGCCAGAUUCCGGUUACCGAUAUUGGGUUUCCGCCGGAGGGUUCAGUUAGACACUUGAGCUACCGAUUACUGGCUAGAGAUGGUACAAAAGGACAUGGGAUUGUAAAUCUUACUGUAAAGUUAACUGAUUUUUCAUCGGUAGGGAGUCAAAGAUUUUCCGAUCUAAAUAGUAAGAAAAUUUCACAGAGUGGUUCGACAGUGAUUGGCAUCCCGGAAAUGGUUUUUUCACAUUUGAACACUUGUCAGCGGUUAAAUUUCAAGGUAGAUUAAUGCUAAUAUGUGUGCAGCCGCAUCAACUCCCUAAAGAGGGAUUGGAUUCUAUUUUGUUUUUUUGAAUCAAAAGGAAAUAUUUAAAAUUUACUAAUGAGUGUUUUGGUGCCUACGGUUUGAAUGUUAGAAUCAGAGUAUAAUAUGAGGUAUUUUUUUUCUCUA